AACCGCGAUCCGGAGGAGGAAAGGGGCGGAGUCUAUGAGUCCGGACUGCCAAUCUGUCGGGUGAGUAGCUAACUAGAGUCCUGAGCCGGGCGGAGGGCGGACUCUAAGUCCGUCUGUGGAUACGUAAAAGGAGCCAAAGGUCUCAUGGCCCCGCCCUAGCAGUAGACUUUAGGCGUCACUGGGAGAGUCGUACUGGCUUUGGGAGGUUGAAGAUGGAUUCCGCUGUAGCUGCGCCUGCUCAGAUUGGGGACAGCAAGACAGCAUGCACGCUGGAGUUUGCUGUGCAAAUGAGCUGCCAGAGCUGCGUGGACUCGGUGCAGACAUCCCUGCGUGGCGUGGCAGGUAUCCAGGGAGUAGAGGUACAACUGGAGAAUCAGAGUGUCCUCGUGACCACCACCUUGCCCAGCCAGGAGGUGCAGAGUCUCCUGGAGGAUACAGGGCGCCAGGCAGUGCUCAAGGGCAUGGGCAGCCGGAUGCUUCCUGAGAACCCAGAGAACCUGGGGGCAGCUGUGGCCAUGUUGGGGAAGCCUGGGGCCGUGCAGGGAGUUGUGCGCUUCCUACAAGUGUCCCCCCGAUGCUGCCUCAUCGAGGGGACGAUCGAUGGCCUGGAGCCUGGGCCCCAUGGCCUCCACGUUCAUCAGUAUGGGGACUUGACCCAAAAUUGUGCUAGCUGUGGAGACCACUUCAACCCUGAUGGAAUGCCCCAUGGUGGCCCCAAGGACACCCAGCGGCACCUGGGAGAUCUGGGGAACGUCUAUGCCAGUGCUGAUGGCAGAGCGACCUUCAGAAUGGAGGACGAGAAGCUCAAGGUGUGGGACAUCAUUGGCCGAAGCCUGGUCAUUGAUGCAGGUGAAGAUGACCUGGGUCAGGGAGGACACCCGCUCUCCAAGGUCACCGGAAACUCUGGAGAGAGGCUAGCUUGUGGCAUCAUUGCUCGCUCAGCCGGCCUCUUCCAGAACCCCAAGCAGAUCUGCACCUGUGACGGCCUCACCAUCUGGGAAGAGCGGGGCCGGCCCCUCGCUGGUGAAGGGCGAAGGAAGCCUGCACAGACCCCGGCUCACCUUUGAUCUGACGCUGCUGAGAUGGCCUGAGCCUUCUCAGAGUCCUCCCUGAGAGGCUCCAAUGAUGUCGAAUCAGAACACCUCCCCUCCUUUCUGGGACCAGCCAUCCACCCCAGUGCCAAGCAGGCCAAGCUCUUCUGGAGUGGCUUCUUCUCCUCAGUGUCUUUCUCUUCAAAUUAAAGGUUUAUUUUCCUAUCGAGCUUAA